UAAGCAUCACGAAGAUCAGAAAAGUGAAAGACGAGACGAAUAAAAGGAUUGUGAAAGGAAAGGAUAUAAAAGGAGAGGGAUAGCCGUAGAGCCGCUUAUGCCGGGAUAUAAAGAGAGAGCGAGGGAGAAACAGAGCCGAAGAGAAAGAAGCGAAUCAUAUAAUAUUCGUUACUGCGGUCCCUUCGUUUUCCUGCCAUCUGUCUGAUAGACGAGGUCGGUUGUUCGGCAAUAAGUCCGGCCACCUCACGCUCGAGGCACAGAAGUUCGAGAUUAAGAAUCGUAGUCUUAGAUGGUUAAAAGUGGUUUCCCAUGCCCUUUUGAGGUCAUUUAUUUGCAACCGUUGGUUGAAGAUUAAAAACAUAGAUAGAGGAUAAAAUAAAUAAGACUUGAAGAUGUUGAAGCUACUGGGAGGUUUGAAGGGCUAUUUGAAAUGGCAGGAGAUCAGUACGGAUUCAAUGGUCUUCCGCAUGCACAAUUUAUUUACAGCUGUGCUACUGCUGACUUGCUCGAUGAUCAUUACUGCCACACAGUUUGUAGGUAAUCCAAUCUCCUGUAUUGUUCCAUCGGCAUUGCCAACGCAGCCAAUCAACACUUAUUGCUGGAUUACCUCCACAUUCACUAUGCCAGAUGCAUUCAAUCGUCAGGUCGGCCUGGAAGUUGCCCACCCUGGCAUAGCCAACGACUUUGGCGAUGUCGACGCAAGGAAAUACUACACCUACUAUCAGUGGGUUUGCUUCGUUCUCUUUUUCCAAGCGAUGGCUUGCUAUCUUCCUCACUGGCUCUGGAGCAUCUGGGAGGGCGGACUGAUAAAGACUCUUAUGAAUGACAUGAACGAGAAGCUCGAGGACGAGGACUCGCUUACUAAGAAGAAAAAUGUUAUCAUGGAUUACCUCGUAUCCCACAUCAGGACGCACAACACGUACGUGUACCGGUACUUCGCCUGCGAGGCCCUUUGCCUCGUCAACAUCCUGGUCCAGCUCUAUCUUAUGAACCGCUUCUUCGACGGCGAAUUCGUCACCUACGGCCUGCGAGUGCUGCACUUCUCGGAAGCGCCCCAGGAGGAGCGCGUCGAUCCCAUGGUCUACAUAUUCCCGCGCGUUACCAAGUGCAUCUUCCACAAGUACGGAGCGUCCGGUACUAUACAAAAGCACGACUCGCUUUGUAUAUUACCACUCAAUAUCGUUAAUGAAAAGACGUACAUCUUCAUUUGGUUCUGGUACCUCAUACUUACCCUUAUGCUGCUCGGGCUCAUGUUCUACAGGGCGGCCAUUAUCUUCGCCCCCGUGGUCAGACCGAAGAUCCUGCAAUUGUCGUCGAGAUUGCUCGAGCUCGAGACGUGUCAGAGUAUCACUAAGAAGAUUGAAUUGGGCGACUGGUGGGUUCUUUACGUAUUGUCAUCCAACAUGGAUUCACUGAUAUACGUGGAGCUUCUGCGAGAAUUAACGAAGAAAAUGGGUGAAAUUCAUAGGGAAGGCUGAGGAGCAAUGGCGAGGCCAGAGGAUGGAAGAUUUUAUGGUGAACGCGCUGAUCUUUAACGACGAGCGUGACGUCAUGUCGUCAUUGUUAACGUGGUGGAGAUUGUAGAAUCAUGUAUGAAAGUAUAGCAUAUGAAAAUCACGAUGAGCUUUCUUUUAAGUGAUUUAUAUUGCUCGAUGUAUAUUAAAAUAAUGUUCCAAUUUUGUAUGUUUCACAAGAAAAAAAGAUACGAGAAUCUUAAGCUAUUUAAAAAGGCGAAACGAAAUUUGCAAAGUGUAUUUUUUAUAC